AUGCCGAAGUGUAACACGGGUUCUGAAACCCGGGAUAUGAAGACUUCAAGAAUCCCGAGACUCAUAAGGCCGCUGGCAGCCGUAGCCAGCUGCUGUGAGGCUGCUGUGACUGUACAAGACAGAUGCAAUGUGGCCUGCCGCAACUCCACCACCACAGCUGCCACCACUACACCAUGUGGACUUCAUCUGCUGCUACCUGCCACUGCUGGAGACCAACCCCAUCCACUGCUGAGAGGCUUGCAAAACUUCCACCACAUGAGCUAUGCUGCUGUGGCCCCCAUGUGUGUAACAAAUCUUUCAGAUGCUUCAGUGAGAAACAACCUGGAUUUUUCCAUCUGUAUCAGUAAUGCCACACUUGCUGAUGCUGGUACCUACAUCUGUAUGAAGUUCAACAUUGCAGACUCUGCCAAGGAGAUUCAGUCUGGAGGAGGCAAGGUCAGCAUGGCCAUCACAAUCCCAUCAUUGUCUAUAUACUUCUUCAUAGCUAAACCUUCUCCUCCUGUCAUCUCUGAACCUGCAGUCAGAGUUGUGCCCAGGAAGACAGUGUCCUUCACAUGCAGGUCCCAUGGAUUCUUCCCUCAGAAUAUCACACUGAAGUAAUUCAAAAAUGGAAUUGAGCUCUCUCCCUUCCAAACUACUAUGGACCUCAAAGAAGAGAGCAUAGUCUACAAAAUCUUCAGCAUAGCUCAGGGGCUGCUGGGCCUUGGAGAUGUCUGCUCUCAGAUCAUAUGUGAGUUGGCCCAUAUAAACUUGCAAGGAAGACCAAUUCUAGGGACAGCCAACAUCUCUGGCAUGAUCCAAGAGUUGUUCCUGAACUUCUGUGUCAUCUCUGGAGUGCAAUUCAAACAAGCUUUAAAACAAACUACUGCUAGUAUCCUUGUAGCUGUGUUCCUUGGACACAAACUGUUGUUGAUAAUUGGUGUCUUUGUAAUGUACAGGCACAAAAAGCAGAAGGCUUGGUUGUAA